AUGGGGUGGGCUGGAGGCUGGGAGGGGACAGAGCCAGGACAGCUGAUCCAAUCUGACCGAAGAGAUAUUCCAUACCAUAUAACGUCGUGCUCGGCAAUAAACCCGGGCGGCAGGAAUAUUCAAAUAAAAACUUUGGCAGAUGAUGUGCGUGACAGAAUAACAAGCUUCAGAAAAUCAGCAGUGAAAAAGGAGAAACCUCUCAUUCAGCAUCCUAUUGACUCUCAACCUUCUAUAAGUGAAAUCCCACUUGCCCAGGCACUUGUUGAUGAGCGUUGUAUGAACUUAUCAGAAAAAGAAGUUAUGGAUCUCUUUGAAAAAAUGAUGGAAGAUAUGAAUCUAAAUGAAGAACGUAAAGCUCCUUUACGAGAUAAAGACUUGACCACAAAACGUGAGAUGGUUGUCCAGUACAUUUCUGCAACUGCCAAAUCCAUAGUCGGAAGUAAAGUUCCGGGUGGACUGAAAAACAGCAAGCAUGAAUGCACACUGUCCUCCCAAGAAUAUAUUCAUGAAUUGCGAUCUGGAAUUUCAGAAGAAAAGCUGCUUAAUUGUCUAGAGUCUUUGAGAGUGUCUCUAACUAGCAAUCCUGUCAGCUGGGUUAACAAUUUUGGACAUGAAGGUCUUGGACUUCUGUUGGAUGUGUUGGAAAAGCUUCUGGACAAGAAACAGCAAGAAAGUAUUGAUAAGAAGAAUCAACAUAAACUGAUCCAGUGCCUCAAAGCAUUUAUGAACAAUAAAUACGGAUUGCAAAGGAUUCUAGGAGAUCAAAGAAGUCUCUUGCUGUUAUCAAGAGCAAUUGAUCCAAAGCAACCACACAUGAUGACUGAAACAGUAAAAAUACUUUCUGCCAUCUGCAUUGUUGGGGAGGAAAAUAUCCUGGACAAGCUUUUAGAUGCUAUAACCACUGCUGCAGAAAGGCACAAUAGGGAACGUUUUUCUCAGAUUGUUGAAGGACUGGAAAACCAUGAAUUCCUACAGCUGCAGGUAGCAUGCAUGCAGUUCAUCAAUGCCCUUGUUACAUCUCCAGAAGAUCUUGAUUUCAGGAUACACUUGAGAAAUGAGUUUUUACGUUGUGGCCUGAAGAAAAUACUGCCU